AUGACCAGUUAUUUUUCUGGGCCUAGCAAUGGCCCCUCGCCAUCGUCCUCCCCGCUUUCUCCUCCGACCCAGCGCUCGAGUGCCCUUUCCAAUCGGUUAACCUCCGUUCUGUCGGCAUCAUACGUCGACUCCGAUAUUCGUGACGCGCUUGAAACUCUGAGUGUCAGAGGAAUACACAAUACCGCGGAGACACGGCGCCAGCUUCGUCUUGACGUUCAGAAGGAAGUGGUUGAUUGCAAUGCGGAGAUUGUUCGGGACUUCGGGCAGGUGGCGGAGCAACUUCAACGAAUUGGAAGUGUGAUAACGACCUUGAAUCAAACAUGUGACGAAAUGCGCAAGCACAUCGGAUUGGCCAAGCAGGAUAGUACGCCAGUGCUGGAAGAGGCUACUGCCUUGAUGACGCAGAAGAAGGACACGGAAACAAAGCAAGAACUACUUGAUGCAUUCUCGAAACACUUCUUGGUUCCGGAGGAAGAGCUUGUGGUUUUGAACUCUGCUGAGGAGCCGGUAGAUAAUCGGUUCUUUGAUAUUCUGGCCCGUGUCAAGCAGGUUCACCACGACUGUGAACUUCUGCUUGGUGGGGAAAAUCAGCGAUUGGGUUUGGAAAUAAUGGAAUUGAGCACCCGACACCUCAACACUGCCUACCAGAAGCUCUAUAAAUGGAUUCAAAAAGAAUUUCAAUCCUUGAAUCUUGAGGAUCCUCGCAUCAGUAGCUCGAUCCGUCGUGCUUUGAGGGUCCUGGCGGAACGACCUACUCUAUUCCACAGCUGUCUUGAUUUCUUCGCCGAGGCGCGGGAUUACGUUCUUUCAGAUGCAUUCCAUUACGCGCUGACAGAUGCCGUGUCUGGUUCUAAUGGGGCUGGUGCAGGCGGGGAUCACUCCGUCAAGCCCAUCGAAUUUUCUGCUCAUGAUCCGCUCCGGUAUAUCGGUGAUAUGCUCGCAUGGGUACAUUCAACAACGGUUUCUGAGCGAGAAGCGCUAGAGGCUUUAUUCGUUGCUGAUGGAGAGGAACUUGCUCGUGGUAUUCAAGCUGGCUUGAAUAGUGAGCCUUGGUCACGUAUAGACGAGGAGAAAGAGGUCGCUUUCGAUGGACGCAAGGCUCUUAGCGACCUGGUAAAUCGUGACCUUACAGGUGUCUCUCGAUCUUUACGUCAAAGAGUUGAGCUAGUGAUCCAAGGCCACGAUGACCCUGUCACUUGCUUCAAAGUUGUCAAUCUGCUGUCUUUCUAUCGUACCACAUUUUCAAAAUUGGUUGGACCCCAGUCUCACCUUGUAGAGCUGAUGCAGAUCCUGGAGAAAUUUAUUCUCGGCCAUUUCGAGAAUCUGAUGAAGGAGCAAGUCACUGCCUUGUCAACCGACCAAAUGGCCCUUACACCUCCGCCCGACUUGUCUCCCCCAGAGUUCCUAUUAGAUGCCCUUGAGGGCUUGGUCUCGCUUAUGAAGAACCACGAUGCUUCAGUCCGACCCGUUGAGCAAUCUGAAUCGAACGGCGGGAAUAGUUUCACUCCCGUUCUUCGCGCCGCUUUCGACCCUUUCCUGACACUAGCUCGAUCCUCGUCUGAGGAACUCGAAGAUGAUACAGCACAGACAAUCUACCGUUUAAACAUUCUUCUAGCAGCGAGCGCAACAAUUUCACCAUUCAGCUUCGCUACUGCCAUGCACAACGCUCCUCUAUCUACAGCUAUAUCAACGCUACGCACAGAUCUCCUCGACAUCCAACAUGAAUUUCUUCUGGAUACAUCCGGCUUGCAAACCCUGUUGGACGCUCUAGAGCCAUUUGCCAAAUCUGGCAAAGACACAGAACAAGAUAAGGAGAACAACGAAGACAAGCCAGAUCAGCAGAAACACCAUCUUGCAGACCUAGCUACCCUUCCCGCCUUCCAACCCGAAGCACUGGUCACCUCCAGCCAACAGCUAGACGACUUCCUUCCAUCGGCUCUUAUGGAUGCAGCCGAUAACCUGAAACGUUUGCAAAGUGCUUCUCUCAUCCAAAGUGUUACUGAAGAUGCCGUCGAGGCCUUUUGUCGCGAUUUCGAGUUUGUUGAGGGUAUGAUCAUCGCCGCUGAUGAGGCGCGAGGAAUGACUCAAGUGACUUUGGACACAGGCGGCAGUGUUUUCAGUGGACGGAGUGGCAGAUCAACCCGCAAGACCAAUGCCGGGGAUGCUGAUGAUGAAAAUGAGGAAGAUGAUGAUAAGUGGAGCCUACGGUCUCUGUUCCCCCGCACGACUGGCGAGAUCCGUGUCUUGCUCAGCUAG